GACCAACCAAAACUACAAAUUUUCAGCCAUUUCCAACCUUCGCUGAAACGAUUUUAUCUACAAUCCUCUUUCUCGAUCGCAUCUAUUCCUGCGACGAUUCGCCUGCUUCCAGCCAUAAAUCAAACAAACAUCUGAUUUUCUUCGAAAUUAUUCGAAAUGGCAGCUCCACAACCUACGGAGAACGAACAGGUGCCUCCUGUUGCCUCUCAGCAGCACGAAGAGGAAGCUCCCGCAGCCUCUGAUCCUAAGAUCCCUACUCGCAAGGAUACGUCCUUGAAAGAGUUCCUGGCCAAGAUGGAUGACUAUGCACCCAUCAUCCCUGAUGCAGUCACCAACUUCUACAUGGCUAAAGCCGGCCUCCCUCCUCCACCUACCACCGACCCUCGCCUCGCCCGAUUAAUUGCCCUCGCUGUACAGAAGUUUGUCGGCGACGUCGCAGCAGAUGCCUACCAAUACAGCCGCAUCCGAGCGUCAAACACCAGCGCGAACAACCCAAUGGGCAAUCUCGGCGCAGCCGCUGGAUUACAAGUCCCCGGCCAGACGCAAGCCAACGCCAAAGACCAAGGUCGUGGCGGCUUACUGGGCAUUCAGCGAGCUGGGUACGGUGGAGGAGGCCAAGGAGGCAGCCAGAAUCGGACCGUCCUUACUAUGGAAGAUCUGGGCAUGGCUGUCGGCGAAUACGGCGUCAAUGUAAAGCGCAGCGAAUUCUACCGAUGAGCACAUCUAGUUAGCUCACGAACAAAGCCCCCAUAACUACUACCCGCGCUACUGCGGAAUGGGAGGCUGUAUUACCACCACAACAACUGGCAUUAUUCACGAUCAGGGCUAGGGUAUUAGGCAUUGGCGUUUAGGAUUGGCU